AAAGGGAGCAACAGGUAGAACAGCAGCGCCCCUGCACCUGCCUCCGCAUGCACCUGAGAUGUGACAGCCGCUGCCCCCACCCUCUCCCGGCGCAGCUCAGCCUGCCAGCCCCUCCGCUGGCAAUAGCGCCCUGGGGCUAUCCCGGCCCCCAGCCCCUUCGCUCCUGCCACUGAGUGCCCCCCGGGGGCGCAGAACACACCCAGCAAGGGACUGACUCGAAGCAGAGACACGCUCCUCUGCCACCAGCGAGGAGAAACCACCAUGGCAGAGAACAGCUGGUGGAAGCUCACCUUCCUGCGGAAGAAGAAAUCCACCCCCAAGGUCCUGUACGAGAGCCCAGACAUCUAUGCCACCGAGAACCACCAGGAGGCCAUGCGGACAGAGGCAGGGAGCAACGGUGGCGCUGAGAGUGAAUUCAACGCCCGGCUGGAGAAGAUCGUGGAUAAGAGCACAAAAGGCAAACACGUCAAAGUCUCCAACUCUGGGCGCUUCAAGGAGAAGAAGAAAGUGCGAGCCACGCUGGCUGAAAACCCCAACCUCUUCGCCGAUGGCGAGCAGGAGGAGAAGUGAGGCAGGGGAAAGCGCUGCAGGGUGGGACCAAUGCCCUGAAGCCAUCGCACAUGGACCCAUCCCGACUCAGAGACAGACUAGAUGUCAGUUCUGCUCUCUCCGCAAAUGAAGUAACGAGGGGGCAGGGGCCACCCCGCUGUAAAUUUCAAAGACUUUCGGUCCUGAAGUGCACUCGCGAAGGAGAAAGGACUCGAUAGUUUUUAUUUAAAUACAAAUCAUCCUAUUUAAAAUAAAUGCCACUGGGGGAUCAUCACGAGCUGGAGGUGUCCAAGCCUUGGAGGUGGGGAGGAGUCAAACACAGAGCAGCUCAGAGGCCUCUUGCAAACACCCUCGGCUCAGCGGUGCCCAAGGGCCCGUGGCUAGAGGCAGCGCUCGAUGCAGGGGGCCAUGGGAUGGGAGGAGCCAGUUCAUUCUCAUCCACCCUCUUGUUCUACCACUGCACCUAGAAGAUGGCUGAGAACAGGUAGGAACUUCAUCUGGCUCGGCCCUGGGGGAUUGCCCAGCAACUCGCCUCCGCUCUGGCCGCACCCACCGACACAGGAAAGGUAAACAUCAGCUUGGCUGGGAGACAGGGUUGCACCUUUUAAUACCACAGGGAUUAUUCCCUGGCCUGGGAAAGAGAACUACUUGGCCACAGGCAGUCACCAGCUGACCUGCACCACCAAAGGCGAUAGGACCCGUGAUCUUCAUGUCCUGGAGAGCGGCACUCAGCCAGUUGAGCUAAAGGAGAACCACCCUUGGCUGUAGCAACAGCCUCUCUUGGCCUCCAGCUACUACAGAGCAACACUUGAGUAGAUCUGAUCCUCCAGCCAGCCGGGGCGCUGGGGUAAGAGAACUAAAGAUUCCACUGAUAGGAGAAACUGCUGCCAGUCGGGUGGGGGGCCUGGGAGCU